GACGUCGGUUUGAUUCAUGCAACAAUGUUGACCCUAAGAGCGCCCCGUAGUUACAGCAAUAAAAAAAGAAACCAUGGCGGCGGUGUGGUCUGCAAGAGUAUCCGCGCUGCUGAGGCCGCUCUCCGCCUCCCUGUGCGCGCGGACUCCUCAGCUCUGUAAGCUGUCCGGCUCCAUCAAAGCCCCAGCUCCUAUUAAUGUCCUUUCAGCCGCUGCCCGCUUUUCUUUUUCGGUUUCAGCGUUUCAGACACACCAAUUCAACAUUUUCAAACGUGUGACAGCUCUUGUUCCAAGUCUGACUCUGCAGCCAAGCAGGCAUCUCACUUAUUACAGCGUGAAAAAGGGCAAAAGAAAGAGUGUCAAAUCAGUGACUCAGCGGUUCAUGCGGCUGCACUGCGGUCUUUGGAUCAGGCGCAAGGCUGGCUAUAAGAAAAAACUGUGGAAGAAGUUGCCCGCCAGACGAAAACGGCUGAGGGAAAUUGUAUUUUGUAAUAAAACGCAGUCCAAAUUGUUAGAUAAAAUGACAACAUCUUUUUGGAAAAGAAGAAACUGGUACGUUAAUGAUCCAUACAAGAAGUACCACGAUCGAGUCAACCUCAAACUCUGAAUUGCAGACUCAUGUUUUGUCUGAACAUUGUUGCUAAAUAAAGACUGUAUUAAACCAAA